AUGUCGUCUUCACCUCGCCGCUUCGCGCUGGGUUUGCUGCUGGUGCUGCAGCCUGCGCCUUCCAGGACGCUUCGCGUCCACGGGCCUGUGUCUAGAGACCGCCUAGGCCAGCACUCGUACGCCCGCGCCACCUCGCCAAUUGCAUCUGCUGACGAGCCAUCCGGCGGCACCACUCUUGCGAGCCGUGCCGCGGGCGCGGCGAGCGCGGUGUACGCCUUUAGCCGUCCGCACACGGUUCGCGGGACGCUACUCGCCUGCGGCACUGGCGUCGGUCGCGCGCUGAUCGAGUCGCCGGAGCGCCUCGCCCUGUUGCCUGCGCUGCUUCCUCGUGCCAUGCUGGGCGUUGUCGCGCUCGUCCUCGGAAACCUCUUUAUCGUCGGCAUCAACCAGAUCUACGAUGUCGAGAUCGACCAGGUGAACAAGCCGUUUCUGCCUAUCGCCGCCGGUGCCAUGUCGCCCGCGGCUGCGUGGGCGGUCGUGUGCGCCUCGCUCUGCGGCGGGAUGGGUCUGGUCCGCAGCCUCUUCGGCGGGCUCAUCUUUCAGCUCUACUCGUUCGGACUCGCCAUCGGGGCCCUCUACUCGGUGCCUCCCUUCCACCUGAAGCGCUUCCCGCUCCUCGCCGGGCUCAUCAUCGCCUGCUGCCGCGGCAUCCCUCCCCCCCCCUCCCCCGGCUGCCGCACGCCCCUCCCUCUCCUCACCCUCUCCCCCCGCUUCCUGCUCAACUUUGGCGUCUACUAUGCGACGCGCGAGGCGCUCGGCCUCGGCUUCCGCUGGUCGCCGCAGGUGUCCUUCCUCGCGCGCUUCAUGACCGUGUACGGCGUCGUCAUCGCGGCGACCAAGGACUUGCCCGACGUCGAGGGCGACCGCAAGGGCGGGAUCGAGACCUUCGCCACACGCCUCGGCACCGGGCGCGUCGCUGCCGCAGCCACCGCCAUGCUCGCUCUCAACUACGUCGGCGCGAUCGCCACCGCCCUCGCCGCCGCGCCGGGCGUCUUCCGCACCACACUCAUGGCGGGCGGCCACGCCCUCGCCGCCGGCUGGCUUGGCCUGGCUUGGCGGCGGCUAGAGGUUGCCUCCGCCGCCUCGAUCAAGCGCUUCUACGGCCAGAUCUGGAACCUCUUCUACUUUGAGUACAUCCUCUACCUCUUCAUCUAA